AGAUGCCGGAAUACUUUGUUUCAUAUGUCACACCACAAAAAGAGCUGCGUGGCAUUGCGGAUAGAAGUUGAAUACCGACAUCACUGUACCAGUCUAUCAAAUAGAAAGACCACUAAUAUACGGUGAAUUGCAAUUAGACAGCAAAAGAUGAAAAGGGUUUUAUAGUUAUAAGUAACGUUUGAUAUUUGAUUUUUGUGUGAUUUAAAGAAAAAUUUAGAAGCAAUAGCUUUGUACGUAUCGAUUCAUUAAGGCGAUAUUAUUUGCUUCGAGGAUGCAGCAAAAUUCACCGGUGUAGUAUUGUAUCGAUAAAAGCAAGAAUCAGCUCCGAGCCUAGUUUCUUUUGUCAGAUACAAACCACUUCGCUGUGAUAUUGGAAAUAAGCGUAGCAUAAAUAUUAGCUCUACUCGGAAGGUUGGAUUUGUAAGGUUAUGCGAUGAUGCUAAAUAUCAGAGUAAUGUAAUUGUGAAAUUAUUAAGUGUGCUUGGAAAGAGAUUGAUCGUUUUGCGACUGGGCUGAAAUGAACUUUUAAAUUUGUAACCAUCUUAUAUCAAUAAUAUUAAGACUUGAACCAUGUCUGCAAACGGUGGACAGAAAAAUGUUUUCCCGGAUAUAGUGGAGUUAAAUGUAGGGGGAGUGUUCUACACAACGACGCUAUCAACCUUAGUUAAAUUGAAAGAUUCGGUUCUUGGACAAAUGUUUUUGGGUGGAAACGAAAAUGCACCAAUUAAGGAUGCUAAAGGUAAAUAUUUCAUUGAUAGGGACGGAGUUCUGUUUAGAUAUAUUUUGGAUUAUUUACGUAACGAGACAUUGGUUCUACCAGCUAACUUCCAUGAACGCGAACGCCUGCGACACGAAGCUGACUAUUUUAAACUAUCAGACAUGGCAAAAUGCAUUUCCUCGAUUUCACUCUCUGGACGCUUAAGUCCAAACUUUAAAUCUCAUGAACCUGCCCAGAGGAGCACUUCCGUCGGCAGUCCGGUCAACGCAGAUGGCAAAUCGUGUGGUUUCAUAACUCUUGGUUACCGCGGAACAUUUGCGUUCGGUCGAGACGGUCUUGCUGACGUUAAGUUCCGAAAGCUCAGUCGAAUAAUUAUUUGCGGUCGCGUGGCACUAUGUCGCGAGGUCUUUAAAGACACCCUGAACGAGAGCCGUGAUCCGGAUAGGGGCAGCUCAGACCGGUAUACGAGUCGGUUCUUUUUGAAGCACUCUUUUUUGGAGCAAGCGUUUGACAUGCUACAAGAGGAAGGUUUCCAGCUGGUGGCUUCCUGUGCGUCUGGAACAAAUAACGCCGGCGAAAUCAAACCAGGCAUGGACACAGAAGAGGCGAAGUGGCAACAUUACAAUGAAUUUGUGUUUGAACAGUUGGCGUCAGCGGUUGAUGUAGGUCUUGUAGACUGGGUGAUAUUGGACGAUGGAGCUCCUGCAGACUGGGUGUCGGCAGACGAUAAAUUGUUAUCGCCAAGGAUCAUCCUGGUGUCGUCGUCUGGAAGGAUUUGUUACCCUCGUAGAGACGGGUAUAGGGAUGACAGUGUUCUCGGUCGUUGUGGGGGUGCCGAGGGCUUUUUGACCUCAGACACGAGAGUCGAGGGAGUGAUUUCUGGUCUGCAAUCAAACGUUAACAAACUUGAAGAUGAAAACAGCAGCCUUAAAGCCUCUAACGAAACCCUUAGAAAACGUGUUCACGACCUAGAACUCCGGUCCGACGCAGCUGAGCAGUACAGCAAGCGCAACUGUUUGCGGAUUUCCGGCAUACCAGAAUCCGAAAGUGAAAACACCGACGACUUGGUACUAGGAGUUUGUGAGGCCCUUCAAACAAUCAUAAUUGUCGCCGACAUCGAUAGAAGCCACCGUCUUGGUAGAACAAGGCACAAAAGGGUUCAAGAGAUAUUCUGGGGGAAAUUCUCAACAUACAGAGUCAGACAGAAACUCUACUCUAUCCGCUCUAGACUGAAGGUCAUGGUUGACAAGUUUAAAGGCAUUUACAUCAAUGAACAUCUUAGAACUAUCCGUUCAAAUCUCCUGUUUGAUGCUCACGCACCCACGCACACACAUACACAGAAUCUAAACAUGUCUACAAACGGUGGUCAGAAAGCUAUUUUUCCAGACAUUGUAGAGUUGAAUGUGGGUGGAGUAUUUUACACAACAACGCUUGCAACGUUAGUCAAAAUGAAAGAGUCCGUCCUUGGAGAAACAUUCUUAGGUAAACAAGGGAGCACACUAAUUAAAGAUGCUAAAGGUAAAUAUUUUAUUGACAGGGACGGAGUGUUGUUUAGAUAUGUUUUGGAUUAUUUACGUAACGAGAAACUUGUUCUUCCAGAGAAUUUUCAUGAACGCGAGCGUCUUCGACAAGAAGCUGACUUUUUUUACUUAACAGAUAUGUCAAAAUAUUUAUCUGUUAUUUCUCGCGAUGGGUACCUGAAUCCUUUAACGAACAACACAGCUCAUGAACCCGUUCAGAGGAGCAAUUCCGUCGGCAGUCCUGUAAACGAAAAUGGCAAAGCGUGCGGUUUAAUCACUCUUGGCUACCGCGGGACAUUUGCGUUCGGUCGAGACGGUCUUGCUGAUGUAAAGUUCCGGAAGCUGAGUCGCAUCAUUAUUUGCGGUCGCGUGUCACUAUGUCGCGAGGUCUUUAAGGACACUCUGAACGAGAGCCGUGAUCCGGAUAGGGGUAGCUCAGACCGGUAUUCCAGCCGGUUCUUUUUGAAGCAUUCUUUUUUGGAGCAAGCGUUUGACAUGCUACAGGAGGAAGGUUUCCAGCUGGUGGCUUCCUGUGCGUCGGGAACAAAUAACGCCGGCGAAAUCAAACCAGGCAUGGACACAGAAGAGGCGAAGUGGCAGCAUUACAAUGAGUUCGUGUUUGAACGGCGGUAAUGGAAUCGUGAAAUUGCAACGGUUUAAUGGAAUAAGUAGCUCUAGACCUUACAUACAUUUAUAUUUCUUGUAAACACAAAGUAUGAGCUUUGAUCGGUGUUUUUAAAUAGUGUUUAUAAUUCAAAAUGGAUAAAAAUGUUUAUAACAGCAAUAGAUGUUACUUUGUACAAUUGUUACAAAGAAACGUUUUGAUUGAUAACAUUAAACGCUGCGAUAUUUAAUUUGUAUUAUAACAUAAUCACAACGAUAUCUGAUAACACUAGUAUGCUUCUCGUAUAAUCACACUAUGUUUAUAUUACAUAGAAUAAUAGGAGUUAUAACUAUAACAGUACGCGUAUGUUUCACAUGUUUUCUUUUAUAUUAUAUAUCAACACACAACUCGUAUGUAAGGUACUUUUAAAAUUGUUCAAAUACUUCAUACAUGCUUUACUGAUUGAAAAAUAACUAUU